AUGCCCAGAGCCGGACUACGCUCUGCGGGGAGCUCGAAGAGUGCGCAGAGCCAGCGACGGGCACAUGACGAUGCUGCACAAACCGUCAAUGACAUUGAAGCUCCACUUUCCGACCCGAUCAAGGGCAUUCGCUCCAUGCAAAACGAGCUGGCCGAUCUCAGGAAGAAAAACGGUUUUCUACGACAUGAACUGGAAAGACUGCACGAGGAGGAAGAAAGGUCCAUCCAGCCACGGAAAGGCAAGGCCGCCGGGCCAAGCAAUGCAGCUCUCAGGACACAGGUGCAAACUCUGAAGGCGGAGAUCAAGAAGUUGGAGAAGGGCCGGCGAAACGACAAGAAACGUAUCCGCCAGCUCCAGAAUCGAGAGAUCAAGCGCGAUGCGGAGGAACUCGAAGACGAUGUCCUUCACCAAGAUGCCGAUGAUACUGUGCAUACAAUGCGCAAGCUCUUACGCCGUUUUGAGGAGCUUAUGGCGUCUAAUACCCUGGACGGCGACAAGGAGGAAUGCGCAAUAUGCAUGGAGCCCCUCGUGGGUGGCAAAUGUGCUACCCAGCAGUGGGACGCUUUGCUCGAGGUUGCCAAACGUUGGGCGAGCAUCGAUAGGAGACGAGAGCUUGACACCAGCGAGGAAGAAGCCGAGGAAGCGUUCAUCAACGACGAGUACAGCGACCUGACGGAAGUCGGAGAAGAGGAGUCUCAUCCGUCCACGCCUGCGCACCGCGAGGGCACGGAGGAACGGGAUCUCGAGGGCUCGACCUCGUCACAUAGGCUUCGUCGAGGCUCCAAUGCAGAAGAAGUCUCCGAUCCUGCGUCUGCUACCGACGCCGUGCUUCCGUUGCCUGUGCAAGGAAGAGGCCGGCCCUCGACGCCUCCUCCCGUGGCCGCUGCAGGAGCGCUGCCUCCUACCCCGACCUCAGCUCCGCGGAGGACGCGGGCAGCUACAAUAUUGACCGGCUCUGCUAGUCGGAGUGCUUCACCACUAUCGGAGCUCUCGGAGAUGACCGCCGCCCCGCAGACUGCCACAUAUUCAGAGGCUCCUCGAGACGCAAAGAGGAAGCGCAUGCAAGAACUGGCGGCUGCUCGGGCGAGCAAGCGACGUUUAUCAUAG